UCUAAAAUAGAUCGCGUUAACAACGGUUUCAGUGAAAUGGUUUGGCUCAAAUUCAUAUUCUUGGUGCUGCUAGUAGCAGCCAAGCAAGUGCAAGCGCUAAUAUGCAGUCGAUAUCCGACGAAUACAUUGAUGCCGAAAUCACCGGUAGAUGAGAAUUUUAUGGUGACAAUCAGCGGAAAUCCGCAAACCUAUAUAUUAGGGCAGGAUUAUAAUGUCACAGUUCAAGCAUUCAACGGGGUGCGCUUUAUCGGCUUCAAGCUCGCGCUAGAGUAUGACAAUGGAGACCCGAGUCUAAAUCAAGAUCUUGGGCACUUCGAACUGCUGGAUCCGAUAGAGACACGCUACAGCCCGAAUUGUAUUAAUAUGGUGGAGAGUACAAAUACCAAUCCAAAGACGCGCAUUGAUGUCUCUUGGGUGGCGCCCGAGCAACCCGGUAGCGGUUGCGUGCUCAUACGUACAACAUUGCUCCAACAUCGCGAUGUUUGGUUCAUGGAUGACGGUGGACUAACGCGUCGUAUUUGCGAAGAAAGCAACGAUGAAUUGGAAAGUGCACCGUUGAGCGCCGACAGGAAUAGCUGUUGUGCGUGUGAUGAGGCACGCUAUGAGCUCACUUUCGAAGGCACUUGGUCGCGUAAUUUACAUCCGAAGGACUUUCCCACAAAAUGUUGGAUAACACGUUUCAGCGAUAUUAUAGGCGCCUCGCAUUCGGGCGACUAUCGUUUCUGGGAGUAUGGACAAAUGGCCACUGAGGGUAUGAAAGAGUUUGCGGAACAUGGUUCGGUGCUAACGCUUGAGAGGGAAUUUAACUACUACUUUAAGAAUGGGAAAAUACGCACUAUUAUUAAAGCGCGCGGUCCUGCCUUUCCCAAUUUAAAUGGCCAAUCUCUGGCUUCCGUACGUGUGGACCCGCAUCACCACCUAAUUUCAUUAGCUUCCAAAAUAGAUCCAUCCCCUGAUUGGAUUGUCGGCGUGUCCGGUUUGGAGCUCUGCAUGGCCAAUUGUACUUGGCUCGAACAGAAAACUGUUGUCCUAUAUCCGUGGGAUGUCGGAACCGAUGCUGGUCCUUCAUAUACGUCGCCAGAUCAACCUCAAGUUCCGGCCGAUGUAAUACGGCGCAUGCGCUCCGACUUUCCAAAUGAUCCGCGUUCACCAUUUUUCGACGAGAAUGGCUUGCCAAUGAAACCUUUGGCUAUACUAAAGAUUAAGCGACAAAGACUUUAUGAACGACUGUGUGAGGAUGAAGAAUCCAAUAAUGUGGGCGUGCCUCGUGAAUGCGUCACUCACCCUUGGACUGCUUGGAGUGACUGUACCACCAAAUGCGGUGAAGGACGUCAGUUCCGUACACGCGUCUACAAACAGCCGGAUGUAGCAAAGGUCUUCAAUUGCGAAGUGGAUACUCGACAAGAUCGUUCCUGUAGGGGCGAAGAAUGUGGAUAUGACGAACGACGAUUUGAUAGAAUGCAAGGUCGAAACAGAAACAAUGAAGGUGAUUUUCUCGAUGGAGAAGAAAUAGGAGACUCAGAUGAGAUGUCACGCGAGGAUUGUAAAUACACAGGCUGGAGUGGUUGGUCGCCAUGCAGUAAUACUUGUGGUGAGGGUCGAAUGACGCGUAGGCGCCAAUAUGAGAAUCUGAUGUCGGAGGCAAAGUGUCAGAGGAUGAAAUUUGUACCAUUGGUGCAGUAUCAAAAAUGUAUAGGUCGUGAAUGUCUGGAAAACACGAAUGAUAGGCGUAGAAUUCAAGAAGUAGAGGAAGACGAAAAGGGAAUAGAAGCGGAGGAGGAAGAAAAUGGAAUAAGUGACUGGCAACAAAGUCGUGGCAAAUCUCGUUUUGGCUAUGCAAGACCAAUCAAUGCAAUAGAACGAAAUCGCGAACGUAACGAAGAAGAUGGCGAGGGCUUCGAGGAGGAGGAGGAGGAGGAGGAGGGGGAGGAGGGGGAAGAGGAAGAGGAGAAAGGGGAAGAGAAAGAGGAAGAGGAGAAAGAGGAAGAGGAAGAGGAGAAAGAGGAAGAGGAAGAGGAGGAAGAAGAUGAAGAAGAGGUGGAAGAGAAGGUAGGGGUAUGGGAAGACUACAAGAAUACUUACGAUUUCAGGAGGUCAAAUACGCGCGGCAGAAAUCAACGUCCUUAUUCACGCACGAAUACGAGAGAAGAGGAAGAGCCUGACAGUGACCACACGGAAACACCGAAAUUCUGCUUUCAAAAACUUAAGAUUCCCCGUUGCUUCAAAUCAGGAGUAGUGAAAAAUUAUUGGUUCUACAACUACUGUGAAGAUCAGUGUAUGUUAUUUACUGCCGAAAGCUGUGAUAGGAAUAAAAAUAAAUUUACAUCAUUGGAAAUGUGCGAAGAGACGUGUCGCCCGCCUGGGAACGAAGAGCUGCUGCAAAGAAAACAACAGCGCGGUUGUGACCAGUCAAUGGAGUGAAAAAAAAAACGAAGCAAAUGUUCUAGAUUUAAAACUUCUUUACUUAUAGCUUAAGCGAGUAUGUAUGUACAUAUGUCCUAGGUUAGAUUAGAUUAUUGUUUUUGUACAUUUUUAGAAGUUGUUUUUAGUGCUUACAUAUUAUAUUAAAAAAAUUACAUAAUUCUUUCGAACUCAAAUAAAAAUAUGAAUAGGUACAAUCAAAUUGCAUCAGAAUCGGUUUACAGGCUUAGGUUAAAAUGAAAUAUUCAAUAACUUUCUCGCCACUAAGCUCACCAUGCAAUUUUAUGCGAAUCUAUAGGAGGAAGUAGCGAAUCUAUGUAGAGGAAGACUGCUGAAAUGACAGGACAGUUCUUGGCUGUAUGUAAAAAAUAUUCGAGCCGUUCCGGUAAUCUAGACCUGAAACACGUAGCUGCCAUCACAGUGAUCUGCAGGAAAAGGUUUCUAGACGACAACAAGUGUUUUUUGUUUUAUAAGAAAGAACUUGUCUACCGUGUAUAACAAAAACUGUUUCAACUGCAUUGGAAAAACUAGGAGUUAUACUUUCUCUUCUCCUAACAGAGAUGGUCGCUGUAGCUGUAUACAUUUAUGCUGAUUGUUGUUGUUGUAGCAGCGUAAACAUACCCCAUACAUGCACGGGGAAUGCUGCUGGAGUGACAGUCCUUGGCCGGAUAUAAAUCCGGGUCGUUCCGAUGACGUAGAACCGAUUUAUGCUGAUACCGAAAGGUAUCGAUAGCAAAACUUUAAAUGGGUUUUUCUCAAAACUACUUAUGUUUUUGAAGUGGUGAUCACUGCUUUUGAAAAACAUAAAAAACUCGUGCCUGAUCGAAGGAUUUUUUUUAAAUUUCGAUUUUUUUUAACAAUUAAUUCUCGGUUUUUUCCUCGAAAAUCUGAAAAAUACUUGCUGAGGCCGCCAUAUUGUUAAUUUUGAAAAAAAAACUUCGAUUAGGCACAAGAUUAUCUACUAAUAAAACUAGUUUCUCUUGUCCGAUUGAUUUUAGAUGAAUCUCUUCUGGAGAAACGGCCUCCGCACAAAGAGCGAUACCUUUUACAAUUAUUAAUUUUUUUGUUGAAAUUUUGCUUAAGUCAAAUCGAUGUAUUAAUGCUAUGUUUUUAUUUUUGUAAAAUCGACUAGCAAAAAAAAUUAUUGAAAAACAUAAUUUUUUCAGGCCUCUGACUACCCCUAACCCCUUACAGCCAAUCAUUUUACGCCAAUUUCUCUCUUCGACAGCAAUUACAUUUUGUAAACUGAAAAUGAGGUGUAAUAUAUUUUGCUUUUCAUUUUCUUAAAUUUAAUGCAAUUAACAAUUUUGAAAAUAAAUCUAUCAAGCUAA